AUGGAAGGUGGCGAUAUAACCAGUAGAGUGAGUAGUGCUCGUCUAAGUAGUUCUAAUAUAUGGAGGAACACUACCUUGGAAGUUUUCUCCAAGUCUUCUUCUCAUAUUGAAGAUGAUGAAGAAGCUCUCAAAUGGGCUGCUUUAGAGAAGCUUCCUACUUAUUUGCGUGUAAGGAGGGGCAUUCUUACCGAAGAAGAAGGUCAAUCUAGAGAGAUUGAUGUAAACAGCCUAGGAUUAAUAGAAAAAAGGAAUCUUCUUGAGAGGCUAGUCAAAAUUGCAGAGCAAGAUAAUGAGAAAUUCCUGUUGAAGCUCAAGGACCGCAUUGAAAAAGUUGGGCUUGACAUGCCAACAAUUGAGGUCCGGUUCGAGCAUUUAAGUGUUGAAACGGAAGCAUAUGUUGGAAGCAGAGCAUUACCGACAAUGUUCAACUUCUCUGCUAACAUGUUUGAGGGAUUCUUGAAUUAUCUUCAUGUUCUUCCAAGUAGAAAGAAACCAUUAUCAAUCCUCAAUGAUGUUAGUGGAAUUAUCAAGCCUCGAAGAAUGACGCUGUUGUUAGGCCCACCAAGCUCAGGCAAGACCACGUUACUUUUGGCUUUGGCUGGAAAACUGGGUAAAGAACUAAAAUUUUCAGGAAGAGUGACGUGCAAUGGACAUGGAAUGGGAGAGUUUGUACCACAGAGGACAUCAGCUUAUAUAAGUCAAUAUGAUCUCCACAUAGGAGAAAUGACUGUGAGAGAAACACUGGCUUUCUCUGCAAGAUGUCAAGGCGUUGGAAUCGGUUAUGAAAUGUUAGCAGAAUUAGCAAGAAGGGAAAAGGCAGCAAAUAUCAAACCAGACACAGAUAUUGAUAUCUACAUGAAGGCAGCUGCACUAGAAGGGCAAGAGGCAAAUGUUGUUACGGAUUAUAUUCUCAAGAUUUUAGGACUUGAAGUAUGUGCUGAUAUCUUGGUGGGUGAUGAAAUGGUAAGAGGCAUUUCUGGUGGACAAAAGAAACGAGUUACAACAGGGGAGAUGCUGGUUGGGCCAGCAAGAGCACUUUUUAUGGAUGAGAUAUCAACUGGUUUGGACAGUUCAACUACUUUCCAAAUUGUUAACUCACUCAGGCAAUCAAUCCACAUUCUCAAUGGAACUGCUUUUGUCUCUCUUCUCCAGCCAGCACCAGAAACAUAUGAUCUUUUUGAUGACAUAAUUCUUCUGUCUGAUGGACAAAUUGUUUAUCAAGGGCCACGCGAAAAUGUGCUUGAGUUCUUUGAAUACAGGGGAUUCAGAUGUCCUCAGAGGAAAGGAGUUGCUGACUUUUUACAAGAAGUAACAUCAAAGAAAGAUCAAGAGCAGUACUGGGCACAUAAAGAUGAGCCUUAUAGCUUUGUUGCAGUGAAGGAAUUUGCUGAAGCAUUUCAAUCAUUCCAUGUUGGUCGAAAGUUAGGUGAUGAACUUGCCAUACCAUUUGACAAAACCAAAGCUCACCCUGAUUCUCUAACAACUAAAAAGUAUGGUAUCAGCAAGAAGGAACUGUUGAAAGCUUGCAUUUCCAGGGAAUAUUUACUCGUGAAGAGGAACUCGUUUGUAUACAUUUUCAAGAUGACCCAACUUAUUAUAAUGGCUUUCGUGACAAUGACAAUAUUUCUAAGAACGGAGAUGCACCGAAACACAGAAACAGAUGGUGGAAUUUAUUUGGGUGCCCUUUUCUACACAAUCAUCGUAACUGUGUUCAAUGGAUUCUCAGAGCUUGCAAUGACCAUCAUGAAACUUCCUGUCUUCUACAAGCAAAGAGACCUUCUCUUCUAUCCUGCAUGGGCAUAUGCGCUACCCACAUGGAUUCUCAAGAUCCCUGUUUCCUUUGUAGAAGUUGCUGUAUGGGUGGUCAUGACAUAUUAUGUUAUAGGCUUUGAUCCAAACAUUGGAAGGUUUUUCAAGCAGUACUUGAUACUCCUAGUUACUAGCCAGAUGGCAUCAGCAAUGUUUCGACUGACAGCUGCAUUAGGAAGGAGUGUUAUUGUUGCUAACACAGUUGGGUCAUUUGCAUUACUUGCUGUGCUAAUUCUUGGUGGAUUUAUCAUAUCAAGAGAUAGUGUGAAGAAAUGGUGGAUAUGGGGUUACUGGUUCUCACCAAUGAUGUAUGUGCAGAAUGGUAUAUCUGUGAAUGAAUUUCUUGGAAACAGUUGGAACCAUUUUCUUCCUAAUUCAACAGAGGCAUUAGGAGUUGCUUUCAUGAAGUCUCGUGGACUUUUCCCUGAAGCAUAUUGGUAUUGGAUUGCAGUUGGAGCUUUGACAGGAUAUAUCUUCCUAUUCAAUUUCCUUUUCACUUUGGCACUAAAAUAUCUUGAUCGUAAGUAUUCCUCUGUCCAUGUUCAGUUCUCAGCAUUUGGCAGGCCUCAAGCACUAAUAUCGGAAGAGGCCUAUGCUGAGAAAAAUGCUGCCAAAACUGGAGAGUCAAUUGAGCUAUCAUCAAAAGGGAAGAGCUCUCUAGGUAAUGCGAGCCAAAGAAGUGCCUCAUCCAGGACACCUUCCACAACAGUGAGCAGCUUUAGUGAUGCCAAUCAAAACAGGAAACGGGGAAUGAUUCUACCUUUUCAACCGCUUUCCAUCACUUUUGAUGAAGUCAGAUAUGCUGUAGACAUGCCACAGGAAAUGAAGGCUCAAGGUAUUACUGAGGAUCGUUUAGAGCUUUUGAAGGGUGUUAGCGGUGCAUUUAGGCCAGGAGUCCUAACAGCUCUAAUGGGUGUGAGUGGUGCUGGAAAGACCACUCUAAUGGAUGUCUUGGCUGGAAGAAAAACGGGUGGUUACAUUGACGGAAGCAUCUCAAUAUCUGGAUAUCCAAAGAAGCAAGAAACUUUUGCUCGCAUAUCAGGAUACUGUGAGCAAACUGAUAUCCAUUCCCCACAUGUGACUGUCUACGAGUCAUUGCUCUAUUCUGCAUGGCUUCGGCUACCUCCUGAGGUUGAUUCUGAUACAAGAAAGAUGUUUAUUGAGGAAGUCAUGGAGCUUGUGGAGCUGACCAAUUUAAGAGUAGCACUUGUUGGAUUGCCAGGUGUAAAUGGCCUAUCAAUUGAGCAACGCAAAAGGCUGACAAUUGCGGUUGAGCUUGUUGCCAACCCAUCGAUAAUCUUUAUGGAUGAGCCAACCUCUGGUCUUGAUGCCAGGGCAGCAGCAAUAGUUAUGAGAACAGUGAGGAACACAGUGGACACUGGGCGAACUGUUGUGUGCACCAUUCACCAGCCAAGCAUUGACAUAUUUGAUGCUUUUGAUGAGUUAUUUUUGUUGAAGAGGGGAGGGGAAGAAAUUUAUGUGGGUCCAGUUGGUCGACAUGCUUGCCACCUGAUCAAAUAUUUUGAGGACAUUGAGGGAAUUCCGAAGAUUAAGGAUGGUUAUAAUCCUGCUACUUGGAUGCUGGAAAUUACUACUGCAGCACAAGAAGCUGCUCUUGGUAUUAACUUCUCUGAUAUAUACAAGAACUCGGAACUAUACAGGAGAAACAAGGCGUUGAUCAACGAACUAAGCAAACCUUCACCAGGUUCAAAGGAUCUAUACUUCCCAACUCAAUACUCACAGUCCUUCUUUACCCAGUGUAUGGCUUGCCUAUGGAAGCAGCAUUGGUCAUACUGGCGAAACCCUCCAUACUCUGCAGUGAGACUCUUAUUCACAGUAUUCAUAGCAUUGAUGUUUGGGACAAUAUUCUGGAAUCUAGGCUCCAAAAGUACCAGAAAACAAGACCUCUUUAAUGCAAUGGGUUCCAUGUAUGCUGCUGUUCUCUUCUUAGGAUUUCAAAAUUCUACUUCGGUACAGCCAGUUGUGGCUAUUGAGAGAACGGUAUUUUACAGAGAAAGAGCUGCUGGAAUGUAUUCUGAACUGCCAUAUGCCUUUGGACAGGUUAUGAUUGAACUUCCAUACAUUUUAGUGCAGACUAUAACUUAUGGAGGUAUAGUGUAUGCUAUGCUUGGGUUUGAAUGGACAAUCAGCAAGUUCUUAUGGUACAUAUUCAUCAUGUACUUCACCUUAGCAUACUUCACUUUCUAUGGGAUGAUGACUGUGGCCAUUACACCCAACCACCACAUUGCUGCAAUAGUUUCAUCUUUCUUCUAUGGAAUAUGGAACAUUUUCUCAGGAUUUAUUAUUCCUCGAACGAGGAUUCCUGUCUGGUGGAGAUGGAACUAUUGGGCAUGCCCUAUUGCUUGGACACUGUAUGGAUUGGUUGCUUCACAAUAUGGAGACAUAAAGGAACCAUUAGAAAGUGGUGAAACUGUGGAACAUUUCCUGAGGAGUUAUUUUGGGUUUCGACAUGACUUUGUUGGAAUUGUUGCAAUUGUUAUUGUUGGCAUUGCUGUGCUAUUUGGAUUCAUCUUUGCCUUCUCCAUCAAAGUUUUUAACUUCCAGCACAGAUGAGGAUUUCCAACCUGUCAGUAUGCUUUCAAACAGAGUAGAUAAAUUUAUGGGAGCUUCUAUCCUCAUUGUUGCCCAGCCUUGGCCCAACUUUCAAGUUAGGCUCC